AUUACUUAACAAAUGUAUAACAUAAACGUUAAAUUCUUUUUUAUAUUAAUAACUACGCUAAGUAUAAAAUCAUUUACAUAACCAGUUAUUUACAUUGUGUUAACGUUUACCUAUGAUCUGAAGUCUAAACCUAGGAAACGAGCUAGUAACCGACUUGAUGUUAUAACCUUGUUUACCCGUAUUCGUAAACGGUACUGCCAUAUAGGCGUGGUACGGGACGCGAGGUCGGCUACUCGGCUCGUUUACUUUAAUAGUUUUCUGUCAUGGGUGUCAUGGCGUCAUAGAACAUUUUGUUGUUAAACCUUAACGGCUUAUUGCUCAACAUGUUUUCUAAACUCGCUUCGAUAAUCGACGUCAGUGAAUCACGGUUCAAUAUUAUCACGUAACUACUCUAUAAAUUGUUAUUCGUGUACUCACAUUGUUAAUUGUUAUAAUAGUGCGUACUGAUGUCGGUAAUUUGGAAUUCAAUGCAUUUAAUUUUAAUAUAAUCGUUUGAUUGACAUUUACUUUUGUUUACAAUAUUCAAUAUGACGUGGUCGGUUAUUCACUUCUUUAAAGAUAAUGGAGUAGAGGUAGUACCUAGCACAUGGUUUAAAGUUGAUAAUUGUGCUUGGCCUAAGACCCAUGUGAAACGUUUUAUUAAAAACCAAUGUAUACCAAAUACUAGAGGGUUCAAAGCUAGGGCAUUGUCUACAAAUAUUUAAUCGUUUCUUGUUGCUCGAACGAAAUGCAAAAAAUAAUUGAUCACUUCGGAUUUAUCAUCUACUGAAGAUGACAAUUAUUCUAAAAUAAAAAAUAUAAAUAAUGGAAAAAAAUCAAAAUCUGGUAAUAAUUGCAGUAAUAACAAAAAAACGGGAUAUGGCGCUGACAAAUCAGACAUUGAAACUGAUAGCGAUGACAAUAAUUAUGAAUUACCAGCUUAUGAUUCUGGUGAUAAUAAUUCCAGUACAAAUAACAUUAAUUGUCUGUCUAAGAAAUCUUGUGUUGAUGAUAUGCUUGUCAAAUCACCAUCAAAAACUCCAGUUUUUGAAUCUAUUGAUGAUAAUUUCUGCAUGGUGAAAAAUGUGUCACCUUAUAGAAGAAAUAAACAUUUUGUACUUUCUCCUAAUAAUUUGGCAAGAGCAGAAAAAAACAAAAAGAGAAAUUUAUCUGAAUCUCCUAGAAAAUUAUAUCCAUCUCCUGAAACUUUUCAAUCACUAUUAGAAAAUAAACAAAAAACGCCUCCAAAACCAAAUAAAUUAAAAAAUUCUUCAGAAGAUCAAUUUAAGGAACUCAUUUUAUACAAUCUGUUAGUAUUGAAACACAGCAUUAGAAACAUCAAUGAAAAAUUGACAUUGGUUGUCGAAAGGCAGAUUUCACACAAUUAUAAUGUUGAAGAAUCUAAUGAUCUUACAUUAGAAUAUUCUAAUUUGGACUGCUUAUUACCAAUUGAUGAAGAAGAUACAUUAGACAAUAUAGAAGAACAGAUAAGAAGUACCAUGCAUCAUUGACUAAACAGUUAGCUGGACUUGGUGGAAAAAGUAUCAAAGUCAUGGUCAAAAGAAUCAUGGGAUAUUUGUUCACUGACAACAUCUUAGCCUUAUAUUGUGGCAGAGCAAAUAAAAAAAAAUGUUUUGCAAAUCUAUCAAUUUCAAAAGUUAUAUAUGUUGUAAAUAUAUUAUUUAUUUUUACGUAAUAUGCACUCAUAAAUUCUUCUAUUACUUCUCUUUAUCUAUUAUAUUAUAAUAUUAUGAAUAACUGGUAGUAUAUAAUAUAACUAAGAAUUUGUUAUACUCUUAAAGUCUUAUAUAACAGCUACCUUUUUAAAUUAAUAACUUUCAUUAUAUAUUUUAGUCAAUAAGUUAUUUAUGGAAGUUAAUAAUUACUAAUAUUCACAUAGAAAAUGUUUAAUUCCAAAACAACUAUUUUAAUAAUGCUAUAAUUAUGAUUUAAUACUUUUUCUUUGAUUCAAGCAAUUUAAUCCUAUAUAUUUGAUAUAUUAUAUUAUCUAAAAUAAUAAUUAUACAUAUAAAUGUAAUAUAUGCCGGUCUAUAUGGAGUUUAAUGGAUGGAAUAUGAAUAUGUGUUUAAUAUAUUAUAAUAAUAUGCCUUCUACCAUUAAAAUGCAACUAUUAAUUUUUGUUUUUAUAAUUAUUAUUGUUAUUUGUUUUAUUGUCCAGAUGCUGUUAAAUCAAUUAAACGAUUUAAUAAUGAAUCAUCGACCGAUGAAAUUGAAAAAUACAUUAAAGGAGCACACAACACAAAAAAAAAAUGUCUUUAAAUUUUUUUAAAUGUUAAACAAUUUUAGGUAUGGCUAUAUGAAAUUAUUUGGUGAAAAUCCGAUGUAAAAAAAAUGAUAACUUUAAGAGAUAUUAAGAAAUGUAGAAUAGUGGUGUGACGUCAUUGGGCCCUACUCGUCGUAAUCGCCUAUCUUAUACGUGUAAAAGUUCUUCGCUUCACACAACGAUUUACUAACCUAAACAUUUUAUUUUUGAAAUUUGAUUUACGUAUUAAUGUGUGGUUUUAUGUGUUUAAGACGAUGCAAGUAUCAGAAUUUCAAUAUGACGUUUAGUUUUUUAUAAAUUAAAAAUCUUAAAAUGUACAUUUUUGUUAAAU